CCGAAGUAUGUAAUUCAGACGAAGGAGACGAUAUGGAAGUCGAACAGGGGGAAUCACAAAAGUCAAAUAGCAGUAUAGAAAGCGAAGAAAUUUGUUCAGAUGUAACCAUGACCGAUGUCAGUAGCUGCAGUGAAGAAAGAAGCAGUCACCUGCAGCAGCCCGGCACUGGGAGCCAGUGCUCCAGAUCCAGUGGAUUUGACACGGGGAGGGAGAAGCACUGAGGGACAGCUUACGACGGCCACAAGAUCCACUCUGCCAGAUAGUCCAAUGACAACACAAAACGAUCUAAUUACGACAGCCAGCAACUUAGCGACAGCAAAAAAGCCAGCCACAGCAGCCUCAGAGGCAGCAGAUACGGCACAAACAGCAGAAACAGCAGCAGGAACAGCAGCACCGACAGAGGCAACCGGCCCAUGGAGCUCCACGGCCGUAGCCCGGGGCAUGUCAUCAGCAGAUGGAGCAGGGGAAGGGGAGGCGAUAGCAACCAGCCAGUCAGCACAAAUUGGGCUAACUACUCAGGCCACAGUACGGCAAACAGAAGCGCAGACAGCAGCAGCGACACAAGCCGCAGCAGCAGCAUCAGUAGGAGCAUCAGUAGCAGCAUCAGCAGCAGCAUCAGCAGCAGCAUCAGCAGCAGCAACUGAGACCGCAGCAGAGAUGGGCAUAUCAACAAUUUAUCCAGCAUCAACGGAAGCGGAUGUGCACAACUCCAUUGAGCGGCUGGCGGGGCGAAGGGGAAAGAUGGCGAACGCGGUGCAUCCGGGUGUCGCUGAUUCAUUGACCAAGGGCUUCUCCAUUCCGACCUUCCUGCCGCCAUUUCCCGUUUUUGCGGCAGCGGAUUUGCCAGCUUACCGCGCCGCUGCUGAUGCUGCCGAGGCGGCCAAGUUGGCGGCAGAGGCGGCGGCCCAGGCAGCGGCCGCCAAAACAUCCUCGGAAGCGGUGACAAUGUCGCCGGAGGAGCUGCGCCGGCAGACGUAUAAUGAGCAGCACUCCUACCUGGCCGCCCACCGGGAGGGCGGCGAGGGGGCGGGGUCGGCGGUGCGGCGCAACCUGACAAUGCCCGUGCUAAACAUCACCGCCCAGAUGGGGAACCACGCCUACAUGCCGUGCCAGAUACAUCGAUUGUCGGACAAGCCCGUGUCAUGGGUGCGCAUGCGCGAUAACCACAUCAUCAGCGUGGACGAGACCACCUUCAUAGCGGACGAGCGAUUCCAGUCCAUAUACCAGGAGGAUCACGACUACACCUGGUCACUGCAGAUCAAGUACGUGGAGCCAAGCGAUGCCGGCUGGUACGAGUGUCAGAUGGCAACGGAGCCCAAGCUGAGUGCCAAAGUCCACCUGCAGAUAGUCAAACCCAAGACUGAGCUCAUUGGGGAUCAGAGCCGCUUCGUGAAGGCGGGCAGCAAGGUGGCGCUGCACUGCAUCGUACGGGGCACCUUGGAUCCGCCCAAGUACAUCAUCUGGUUCCGGGGCCAGAAGAAGAUUAGCGAGAGCGACGAGCGGACCGGCUGGUACACGCAGCUGGAUCGGAACAUAUUUGGAACCGUGGGCGAUAAUCAGAACACGAUCGGCUCAUUAAUUAUACCGCUCGUGCGGAAGGAGGACUCCGGCAAUUAUACGUGCCAGCCGUCGAACAGCGUCUCCGUGUCCGUGGACCUGCACGUGCUAAGCGGUGAAUAUUCCGCAUCGGCCAUCAUGUCAACGGCGGCAAGGACGCCGAAAGGCGGGAGGAGCACGUUCCACUCGACGCUGGGACUCCUGGGAAUCCUUGGACUCCUCUGGGCGAUGCAGGGAGCGAUGCACACACCACCGACCCAGACGUGACUCGCCUAUUGAACGCCUGGUCGUGGCGUCCGACUUCCAAUUAUUUAGAUUAAUUAAAGGCGGCCUUGUAAAUAGCGGAGAUGACGACAGGGCAGGAUGUGAAGGAUGUGGAGGAGGAGGAUUAGAAGCGAGAGCAGGAGCAGAAGCUGAAGCGCUGUCGAAACAGAAUUGACGGUUCUGUAAUUAGGUUAAACGUUACCAUAACUCUCAUGUCUGCGUGUCUCACAUUAUCCCCAUACCAUACCAAACCAUACCAUACCAUACCCGUACUGCAUUCAAUCUAAUGUAAAAUUCAAUUUAAGCAGACCCCAUUUCAAGUUGUGAAAUCGAAUCAAUAAUUAGAUUAUUGCCGGAGAGAAAUAUUAUUAAAUGAAAAUAAUAAAACCGAA